AUGCCGUCUCCUACACCUCUUCCCCCUCACUUUACCUGGGGCUUUGCAACAGCCGCUUACCAGAUAGAAGGUGCUGUUGACGAAGACGGAAGAGGACAGUCCAUCUGGGAUACUUUCUGUCAUCUGGAGCCCUCGAGGACCAAGGAUGCCAACGGCGAUGUCGCCUGUGACCACUAUCAUCGGUAUGAGGAGGACUUUGACCUACUCACACGAUAUGGUGCAAAAGAGUACAGAUUCUCUAUUUCCUGGUCGCGUAUAAUCCCUUUGGGAGGUCGAGAGGACCCAGUAAACGAAGCCGGCGUCGCAUUUUACAAUAAGCUCAUUGAUUCGCUGCUAGCGAGAGGCAUCACGCCAUGGGUUACUCUGUAUCAUUGGGACCUGCCGCAGGCGCUGCAAGAUAGAUACGGAGGCUGGUUGAAUGUGGAGGAGUCACAGAGAGAUUUUGAGCGAUACGCAAGGGUCUGCUAUGAGCGGUUCGGUGACCGAGUCAAGAAUUGGAUUACCCUCAACGAGCCAUGGAUUGUGUCCAUUUUUGGAUAUGCAACCGGUGGCAACGCUCCUGGAAGAAGCAGUAUAAAUCCUCAGUCGACUGAGGGUGACACCGCGACUGAGCCUUGGAUUGUUGGAAAAGCACUGAUCAUGAGCCAUGCCCGCGCCGCUGCCUUGUACAACAGAGAGUUCCGGUCCGUCCAAAAAGGCAAGAUUGGGAUUUCGUUAAAUGGAGACUACUAUGAGCCUUGGAACGCCGAAGAUGAGCGGGACCACGCUGCUGCAGAGCGUCGGAUGGAAUUCCACAUUGGCUGGUUCGCCAAUCCUGUCUUUCUGGUACGAGACUACCCAGCCUGCAUGCGAGAGCAACUUGGAGAUCGCCUGCCCGAGUUUUCCCCCUCGGAUUUUGCACUUCUUCGCGAAGCCGAGAGUGAUUUCUACGGGAUGAAUUAUUAUACAUCCCAAUUUGCUCGCCAUCGCGAUCAACCGGUAUCCGAAACGGACUAUAUCGGCAAUGUAGACGAGCUACAGGAGAACAGUGAAGGGACGCCAGUCGGCGAACCAAGUGGUAUCCAUUGGCUUCGCUCGUGCCCGGACAAGUUUCGCAAGCACCUCACGAGAGUGUAUCGCCUAUAUGGAAAGCCAAUCUUCAUCACCGAGAACGGAUGUCCAUGUCCUGGAGAGGACCAGAUGAUAUGUGACGAGUCAGUCAAUGACAUGUAUCGAAUCCGGUAUUUUGAGGAUCAUUUAGAGGCUGUGGGUCUGUCCGUAAAUCAAGACGGUGCUGAUAUCAGAGGCUACUUUGCAUGGUCGUUGCUGGAUAAUUUAGAAUGGUCUGAUGGUUAUGGACCUCGAUUCGGCGUGACGUUCACUGAUUAUCAGACUCUGAAGAGAACUCCCAAGAAAUCUGCCCUGCUGCUAAAACGCAUUUUUGAAGAGCGAAUGGGCAUCAGUGCCAAAGGACAGACCGUGCCAGGCCCUGAAGUGCUCCGAGCGGAGUUGUGA